CAAAUCUCUGUAAUUCAUGCAGUAGGUAAUUCAAAAAAACAAAAGAAAAACAAAAAAAUGAGCUGUGAUUUCACAUGAAACUUCUUCGGUCAACUAAAUCUUCCUCAAUCUCCACUCCAUCUACAUCUCGUUCAAAACUCUAGUUUCUCAGAUGUUUGACAAAAUUACUCUGAAGAAAUGAAGAGAAGAAAGUUCUUGACAACGAGAUUUAUUCUCUUAGUGUUCGUUAUUAUGGCAACUAUGGCGGAAUCGGGUCGAGCAAAUCUCCCCCGUGAUGUGGAAAAACGGCUCAGAUCGAAGCUCUCGAAUGCAGUGGAGAAGAAGCUAACUAAGCUGAAAUUCUAUUGCCAUGAGAAUAUCUACGGCAAAAAUCCCACCGCAGUGCCAGUUGCUAAGGCCAGUAGUAAUGUCACUUCCGGGUUAAGUACACUUUUCGGUUUGGUCAUGGUGGUCGAUAACAAGUUGACGGUUGGACCCGAACCGGAUUCCAAGCUCAUCGGUUAUGCUCGGGGGAUCUACGCUUCCGCCUCACGGCAGCGCGAGGAAGCCUUGCUUACAAUAGUUAACUUUGUUUUUACGGACGGGAAGUACAAGGGUAGCGCGUUGAGUGUUUUGGGGCGGAACCCUAUUUUUCACGGGUACCGGGAGUUGCCGGUCGUCGGUGGUUCCGGCGGUUUUCAGUUGGCGAGGGGAUCCGCCACCGCGGAGACUUACACGUUUGAUCGAAUUAGCGGUGAUCCUAUUGUUGAAUACAAUGUUAUUGUUUUGCACUAUUAAUUGAUGAGUUUUAGCAUUUGCGUUGACUUUUUUAAUGUGUUUUUUGAAAAUUUUCUUUGGUGUUUUAUAGUUUUCAAGUUAUGUAGUACUGACUGUGUUUUAGCUUUUUGGGUAGAUUACUGACAGUAUAUGACAAUCCUUUGAGUUUAGAGUUAGUACAAAUGUGAGUUUGGGUUCGACAAAUUGGUGGUACUAAAACAUAUUGAUUUUUUUUUUUUUUUUUUGUGAACAUAUACAUAUAUCUUGUGGUUUUUAAAAAUGAUUAACUGAUUGAUGAGAGAGCCCCACUUAUACAUGUUUUGAUUACUUUACACAUUCUGACCAUCUUAGGUGAAAUCCAUGGAAAUAAGACAUCUAGAUAAAUCUAUAGAGAAAGUUAAUUUAGCUACCAAUUUUCUUAAAUGCAUUAGCAGAAAUGUGGAAUAAGCCAUUCAUGUUUUCCAAAAGAGAUACAUAUACAUUCACACAGAGAAACGCGCGGAUUAGGAAAAUGACAGAAGGCAAGAUGAUCGAGCUCAAAAUAAUUAGAAUAUCGAGUAAACUCUAUAUGAAUAUAUGCGGGGAGUCAGUGGAAUUGGAUAAACUUUAAGCAUCCUGCAAAUAUUGUUAUAGGCUGGCUAUGGACCCCUCAGACGAAGCAAGAAAUCAUGAAUGAUCUCAAAGCUCUCUUAAGAAGGGAAAAUGAUUGAAAUGAGAAGACUGGAAAAACGUGGAAGCCGGGUUAUUUUGCUUUGCAGUCCACCAGGAACUCAGAAAUCAACCACGCCAUAUAGAAAAUUACAUGGAAGUAUGAUAUUUUUGAUCUGAAACUCACUUCAUCAGUCUACUAAACAAUGCAGAGCUCAAGCAGCUUUCUGAUUGACUCAAGGAGCAGUAAAUCAUUGUGAUUUAAGAUGUUGAUUGCUUCCUUGAUCUCACCCGGGAAGAGAUUAGCGGGAUUGCGACAAAAGUGCAGAUAUCAAAGAAUGGAGUCUGGACAAGAAGAAGAGGAGAAGAAAAAUAGUACUAAUAUACUAGAUAAGGUUACAAUGUCUGGUUUCUGAAAUUUACUGAUCGAAUAUAUAUAUAUAUGGUCAGCCUGUGGUCAAAGAGAGGAUGUUUAUCUUCACAACGAAUCAUGUGCAAAAACUUAAUUCUGCACUAUGCAUAUUGAGAUGUCAUACUACAAAUUUGAAGGAUUCGAAAUACUCGGGUAUCGAUCCGCACCUUUAUUUGAAGAGAUCAGACAAAUGUAAAGAGGAAAAUGGUGUCCAUGGAGAGAAUUUGAU